CGUACCUGAGUUUCGGUGAGGAGAGGGGACGGGCUGAGCCGGAGUGAACAACAACAGCGCUUCGGAGUCCUCCGAGAUUCAUUUGUUGUUAUUCGCGCCCGCCUUCGUCCGUGUUAAUAUCAGUGAGGGUUUUUCUUAUUUUAAGGGAAUCUGCAGCCGAUUUACAGAGGAAACGCGGUUUUAUCUCCGGCUGCUGGUUAGCAGGCCGACGAGGACAGACUUCGCCAACUUCCUGGUUUGCCACAGCCAGGAUGUCGGUCACCCCUCGACGUGUCCGUCUGAAGCCCUGGCUGGUCGCUCAGGUGGACUGCGGGCGAUACCCAGGUCUGGUGUGGAUUGACCGUGAGGCCAUGCGCUUCAGGAUCCCAUGGAAACACGCCACACGGCACACACCCCAGCACGAGGACGAGGACACCAUAUUUAAGGCGUGGGCUGUGGAGACCGGGAAAUUUCAAGAGGGAAUUGAUGAACCUGAUCCUGCAAAGUGGAAAGCUCAGCUUCGAUGUGCCCUGAACAAAAGCAGAGAAUUCAACCUGGUCUUCGAUGGCACCAAAGAGAUUCCCAUGAAUCCUUUGAAGAUAUAUGAUGUCUGCGACAUCCCACCGCCUCCCAUUAACCAAGCCUCCUCAGACGCUGGUUCUUGGACUCCACAUGAGGACGACGGUGGUGAGGAAGAUAUGCCAGAUACCCCAGAGUCUCUCCCUCCAUACCCAUCUAAUGGCACCAGUCCCUCUCCUCUUAUUAUGUGGUCUCCUAGCUCAGAUUCGCAGCCUUCCAGUUGUCCCCCUUCAAAUGAGGUCUGGCCCAAAGAGGAGUCAGUUAAAAUCUGGCCUAAAGAGGAGCCUGUGGAUGUGGAAAUGACACCAACUCCCCUGUUGCCUCCUGCUCCCUUGCCGGAUCACUCGAUGCAGCCCCCUCCUCUACCCGAUGCCUUUUUUGCCUCUCCAGAAAUGUGGAUCAGUUCCCUGCCGAUGACAGACCUGGAGGUGCAGUUCCACUACAGAGGGAAGGAGAUCUGUCCCACAGCGAACGUCAGUAACCCGCAGGGCUGCAGGCUGUUCUACGGAGACCUCGGCCCCAUGGUCAAUCAGGAGGAGCUGUUCGGGCCGGUGAACCUGGAGCAGCUACGCUUUCCGACCACAGAGCACAUUACCAAUGACAAGCAACGGGUUUUCACUAACCGCCUGCUGGAUGUGAUGGACAGAGGCCUGAUCCUGGAGGUCAGCGGUCACGAUAUCUACGCAGUGCGUCUCUGCCAGUGCAAGGUGUACUGGUCCGGUCCCUGUGCUCCAAACCCAGCUGCUCCAAAUCUUAUAGAGCGCCAGAGGAAGAUCAAACUCUUCUGCCUGGAGUCUUUUCUCGGUGGAGUGAUAGCACACCAGCGUGGCCAGACACCAAUCCCUCCUCAGUUUGAAAUCAACCUGUGUUUUGGAGAGGAGUGGCCCGAUGGGAGACCCAUAGAGAGGAAACUUAUCAUGGUUCAGAUCAUUCCAGUGGUGGCCCGCAUGAUAAGCGAGAUGUUUUCUGGAGACAACACACGGUCCUUCGACAGCGGCAGCGUUCGCCUGCAGAUCUCAAUCCCAGAUAUCAAAGACAACAUAGUGACCCAUCUAAAGCAGCUGUACUGCCUGCUACAGAACCACCAGGGCCAGGACGGCUGGACGUUGCCCACCGGCCCAGGCUUGAACAUCGUCCAGGCUCUGCAGGCACAGUGAAGCAGCGCACACUGUGAACUAACAUACAUCACUGUAUGUGUCACACUGCUACUGGGAGUUACCGACCGUUGGCAAAGAAUUACUGAUGCGUAAUCAUAUUUAGAAGUGUGCACACUAUACUGUAGGAUUCUUGUGCUUUUCUCCAGUAAUGUUUUGUGACUAGGCUUUUUUUUUGUAUAUAAAGUAGUGCCCUCAAUCCUGCAUCACUCUGCAUUAUGUGUGCAGGUACCAAAGACAGAUAUGGCGACUGCAUGGGUCAAAGUCCUGCUUGCUGCAAUGGAACAUUUAACAUAGUUAAUGAGUUACAGGAAUCGCCCUGUGCCAUAUUUAUCCAAAACUGGUCAGUGAUUACCAAUCGAGAAACUGCGCAGAAUACCGUUUUUAUCUUUUGACCUCAUAUAUAAUGUUUCGAAGCAACACAACUCGCAUGGGAUUUUUAUAUGUUGGAUAGAAUUUAGCCAAAUAUGAAAUAAAGUACGGCUUGCUUUUAUCUAUUCAUUUAUGACUUAACGGCACAUCUUUACUCAGUUUGCAAUCAGUUUUCUGGUCACCUGCUCAGCAGUGUUGUCUUCAGUUGAUUUAUUUUUCUAUCUAUAUUGUAGGUUACUUUUGUAUUCACAUCUUUGAUUUUUAGGUCAUUUAUUGUAUCCAGGAAGUCGCUGAACAUUCAGCUAUUUGAAUCUAUUUUAAUAUGGAUGCCACUACACCUUGAGGUGCUGAAUUAUGUUUUACAUCUAGUAGAAUUCAACCUGUGAUUGUAUGUUUAUUUUAUCAAUAAAAAAAGCACAAAUAACAUGGGAGUUUAUGAAUGACUGUUAUCAU